UGGCGAAUUUGAUCUUGGCGUAACGUUUUAGUUAUUGGCGUUUUAAUUCAGAGCUGGAGUACAUGUCGUUUUACAAUUUGUACGUAGUGGUACAGUUUUGUUUGCUUUACAAGAAACCCAUUGACUCUGACAGCUACGUGUCAACAAAGGGAAGCAGCAAAGUUGUUUUUUUUCCCAAAACAACGCUUACUAGCUACCUAGCGGGACUAAGUUAGCCAACGUUAACUUCUGAUCUGUGUUAGAUACGACGAGGUGAUAUUCGUUGCCAGCCAGAAAUAUUCCGUACUAACGUUAACCUUUUGAAACUUGUUAACUAUGUUAUGUUCAUGUUGAACUAGCCAGUUUACCUGGAUUCAAGGGAUAGGGUAGCCUUCGGAAAGUUGCUCCGGUGACAAAAUGCUUCGAUUAUUGACUGAUGAGUCUGAGAUAUCUUGCCUGGCUUACUAGUUUAGUUAUUAGGAAAUCAAAUUCGAGUGCUUAUUUUUAGGUUAGUGGGCCGAUAUGGCCUCGCAUAAUGUGGUUUUUGUCAUCGACGUUGAUCAGCAAACUGAGUUUACAGUAAACGGCAGCAGUGUCAGUCCGCAUCCAUUGAAACAAUGGAUCCUGAGGAUUUUAUUGUGUUUUGGAAACAGACAUGGCAUCGAAAAGGUGCGAUGGGGAUAUAAAUUCUUUUAUUCACGGGUUCCUCGGAGUACUAACUUGAUUGCAAGAGGCUCUGAUCUCAAGGAAAUUACAGAAAAGUCGUUUGAUGAUUUUGAGUCGGAAUUCUCAUCCAAGUUCGAUGGAAAGGCAGUGACUUUGGCUCGUGCCCACCAAAAACUUCGGACCACUCCAGCUGCUGCGGUUCAGAACGCGACGAAAGAAGCUUUACUGGAUUUCCAGUGGGACAGGCCCGAUAUCACCUCACCAACUAAACUCAUACUGCGCCCCAAAAGGGCAAGUCGCUUUGGAAGAGCCACAGCAUCACAAGACGAUGAUCUGUCAAACCAAGGCAACAAUGUGUUGUUUGUGCUCACCCGUUGUCCGCGUUCACAAGCUGACAUGGACGACUUUAUUUCCCCCCGUGGCAAUAGUAGUAGUGGAUCUAAAGACAUGUCUGACCAUAUUCUACCUAAAGGGCUGCAAGACAUACUUCUGCAACGUCGAGUUGUCCUGCAUUGGAUUGACACUACAGCAUAUUGCCAGACAGUACAGUGUGAGGAUACCCUCGGAAGUGACAUAAUAAGUGCUGCUUUGAGACAAAUGGGUGGCAGUGUGGUGCCCAUGGACGCCUUGCAGUCCGUCUGCGACCCAAACCGUCAGGAGGGCCCAAAUGAAGGAUGCCCACCUGUUGGUGAUGGGAGAGCCAUCUUUCCUUUGGAUUCCAGCAUCAGCUACAUCUUCGGCUCCCAAAAGUUGUAUCCUCUGGCCUUCCCAUUAAUUGGAGGGGUUUUCCAGUGGGGUCAAGAUGAUAAUGCACGGACAGGCAGCGUGUCCCUGACGCCAAUGUCCAACAGACAGUCUCUCCUCUCGGCACCAGUCGUGAUCACACUAAGAGCUUUGUUGCAUAACUGGGACUCCGAGAUUGUGGAACAAGUUGUUACAGAGAGUUGGAUGUUACAGGCUACAGAUGAGCCUGAUGUUAGCCACCUUAUGAAGGAGAUUUUGUCUCAAGGAAUUCACAUGGUGGCAGAUGUCAGUUGUGGGGGCCUGACGCACUCGGCCGUGUUGUCGCCUCUCUCGACCCACACCGCUACACUAAGCAUCCUGCGGCCUCCCAUGGUCCUGGGCAGUGAGCAUGUGACCCCUGACCUGGCCUCCAAGGUGUCUGAUGAUGAGCUCACUGACCUGCCUGACGUGGUCAACAGUGUGCUGAGUGUGGUAUAUGACCUCAUGAGGGAUGAGGAUCAUUGUGAUGAGAAAGUAAACUGCCAGAUUCCUGACUGGGCCAACCAUGAGCUGAGACAUAGGUCCAGCGCUGUUUCGACGGGGUUGGUGGAGUACUGGUUUCCAGAGUCUGAUGAGUCAGGGGUCACUGCAAAUCUGAUGGAGUCAAUGAGGCUGCUUCAUGCUGCCCCAGAUGAGGCAGAACUUGAAGAGGGAGAAGAGCUGCCAGGUCCCCAGCAAGAGCUCUUCAGCAGUCUGUCUGAACUCUACCAGAGCAGCACUUCAGAGGGCCACCUGAAGGGCAAGAAGCGUGGCGCUCAGCGCACACCAGUGAGGCAGAAGAUGAAGACGAUGAGCCGCUCGCUGCAGAUGCUGAACUUUGCUCGGCUCAACGUGAAGGCCCAGAAGAGCCACACAGACUCAGAGCCCCCAGGGGGCGGGAAAGGGUUGGAAAGGACGGGCAAACGGCGAUCAGGGGACCAGGCUAAAGGCAGCUCUGGCACCAUGCACUUUAAGAGUGAAGAUGAGCUACUCUCACAGCUGAAGUCCAGUUAUCAAAAGGCAGUAGAGGAGAGGCAAUGCGCUCUCAGCUCUGUGGUGCAGAAUCUGCUGGGAAUGGUGAAAACAUUCUUGAAAUCCACAAAUUCUUCUGAGGAACAGACCUCCACUUUAAUUGAGAAGAGCCUCUUAAAAUCAAGUAAAUCUGUUCGGCAGUUCUAUGGAAACGAUCCAGAUAUUGAGAGCAAAGUCAGAGAGUGCCAAUUGCAGGCAGCACUUAGGGUAGAGCUCUGCCAACAGAUGUCCUCCAAUCCAGAAAACAGUGACCGUUUGGAAGAGAUGGUGGAAGAGGUUGCUGAUAUGUUGCGGAUAAUCUCUUUGACCAGAGAUCCUGUGUAUCUGGCCAAGUUCAUGCAGGAUGAGCUGUUGCCACCGUACCUGAAAGCCAUCCCUCGCAUCCUUGCGGAUGUAUAUAACAGCCUUGGUACCCAGCUGCCGGAGGUCCUGGUUGCCAUGCUGCCGUCUGACUUCUUCAGUGACGAGUCUGUGCAGAAGGACAGUGUGUCUCCCUCGCUCUCUUCUGUCUCAGCGACGCAGAAUUCGGCCUCCGGGGAACGCCUUGAUGAGCUGCGCAAUCGCUCAGCACGCAAGAAAAGAAGUGGGAUGCUUACACGACAUCGAAGCAUGACUGAGGCAUCACAGAGUCUCCGUCAAAUUGAAAUGCCCCGAAAAUCUACCAGGGUGGUGAAAGAGACCAAACCAAAACCAAAGUUGAGCAUUUCUGUUGAGAAAACGAACCUUGAGCAACCACCACCAAGCAAGAAAAAGCAAGAAGUACAAGAAGUAACAAAAGUGCGCAGAAACCUCUUCAAUCAAGAGGCAUUCUCACCAACCAAGAAGUCUAAAAUGCCCCGAAGUCAUUCUGUGUCAGCUGUGGAGGGACUAAGGAAACGUAAACGCUUGCAGUUGACCGAAAACAGUGAUCACCAUUCUCUCUUAACAAAGAAAGUGACCGAGACGCCUUUACACAAGCAGGUUUCCAAUAGACUACUGCAAAGACAGAUGACUGGCAGGAGGUCAGGUGAAAGUGAUGUGAGCAUUGUGGAGGAAUCACCAGUUAAACCACCAGCAGACUUGAGGAGAAGCCCCAGGAUAAAGAGCCUUACCCGGAGGCAUUCCAGUGUGUUCUAUUCUAACUCUCAACCACGUUCCAGAAACUUGGACCGAGUUCUCUCCUCAUCCCAACUCUGCAGUAGUGAGGGCCGUAUAGGAAGUAUUAGUGUUGGUGCAGUGAAAUCUCCUGUGCGGCUGCUCUUUGGUGCCGCUAAGUCCCCUGGAAGACCCUCUACGUCCUCGGAAUCCACUGGUGUUAGAAGCAGCCGGAGGUUCCUAAUUGGGUCAACUGAGUCUGAUGUCUUUGAGAGUCCCAAUAAGACACCAAGAAAAUCUCCAUAUAAAACACCAACCAAAUCUCUUCAUAAGCUGUCUCCAUAUAAAACACCGACCAAAUCUCCUCAUAAGCUGUCUCCAUCAGUCAUGGGAAGUGGAACACCAAGAACACUUCGUUCAUCUGCUAUGGCGUUGGGCUCAGUAGGCUCUCAGAGACUGGGCACACAAGGGGCAAACAGCCGGACCUUGCGGGGAAGCCCUUGCAGAUCCCCAGCUCAACGGGAGCCGCUUCUGCAAACCCCGAAAAAGAGCCCCCCGAAAGGAAUUCUUAGAACUCCAGUGAAAAGAGAGAGCCCGCUGAAAGGACUUGUUCGGACCCCAGGAAAAGGGAUUCUUAGAACUCCAGCGAAAAAUCUGCUUGACUGUAUCUCCCCUGGUGGUGCCCAGAUGUUCCAGAGCCCCAGCAUCAGAACACCAAGAAAGAGUGUCACUUGGUCUCCCUCGCCUAGGAAACUGCAAGCAGAGGCAGUCCGAUCACCUUUCAAAGUUCCAGAAUCUCCAUGCUAUCCCACUCGAGUGUCACCAAGGUUGCUGACACCAGUUAAGUUGUGUAGCCCUUCAAAUAGUGUAAGACGUGGAUUAAAUGUUUUCAAAACACCAGAAAAAUCACCUCAGCGAAUCAACCAAACUUCUCCAGUAAUACCACUGCAAAACUCACCUAGACGUGUUCUAAGGAACCAGCACACUCCUGUAAAAGAUGUCAAAGCAGUAGAAGAACUGACUACCUCUGGAGUCCAAAAAGCAAAGUCUCCCUCUACACCAAAGACCCCAAACCACUGCAUGCUGACACGCUCUUUAAGGACACCAUUAAAGGACUCUCCUCAUCAGUCUCCUAACCAGCCACUGGUGACGCCAGAUAAAACAAACAUUACAUCAGAGAAAUCGGAUACCAUACUGCACAGAACUCCUAAGCAAAUGUCAGGUAAUAGUAAGGAUGUUACCCAAGGGAGGCAAUACAAUCUCCGAAGAUCACCCCAUGAACGUUUAUCUUUACAAAACAAUGAUGGAAGCCCCAAAACUUUAAAAAAAUGCUUAAAUUCUCCGUCUGAACCUGGCCAGUCAGCUGAAAGAGGAGUACAGGAUGGCUCUUCCUCAGACUCCCAGCAUUUGGAUUCAUCUCAGUUCAGUGCAGUCACAACUGAGGAUGAGAGCAUUGACAUUACUGAGGCCUCUGUAGUGAAAACGCAGCUCACAGGUGGACUUAAAAUGAACAUUUCCUUUUCCAGGAAGUCGUCCAAGUCAGAUGUUUUUGAGUUUGCAGGCUCACAGAAGACUGAGUCUGGUGCCACCACGCCCUCGCAAAAAUAUGGUUUCCGUCAAACUCCAGACCGCCGACAGAGAGAGGCGGCAGCCCGCCUUGGUUACUCUACGUCACCUCCAAAGUUCUCAACGCCUCGAGCCUCAAAAGUUCAGCAGAAGACCGCCAGCACCCCUAACACCCUCACCUAUCAAGUCGAGCUGGAGAUGCAGACAUCCGGGCUUCCCAAGCUCAGAUUUAAGCGCACAGACUCUUUUGGUGGUGGAGAUGCCUUUGGCGAUGGUAUGACUAAAGUGGCCUCUCCCAAUGUUAGGUUUUCCAGAACAACUCGAGUUGAAAGCCCUUUGACGCACUGCAACAAACACCGUGAUCCCGGCUGCCGGUCACCCUCGCUAUGCCCCCAUGGAACUCCCGCCAAAGGCACGCCGGGAAAGGCGAGCAUACAAACCUACAUAUGUCAGUCCUACACACCCACACACACCCCAGGCGGCACACCGUCCCCAACGCCCGCAGCUGAGCCAAUUCCCUGGACCCCAUCCCCUCAGAGUCGGGGGCGGUGUACCCCGGACAGCCUGAACAGUUGGCCUCGCAAGAAAAGAGUUGGAGUUGUAAGCAACAAGGACCAAGGCAUAUGGGGACAACCUUUACAGGAGGAGAUGGAGGAACUUGUGGACCCAGAGCUGGAAGGGGUUUUCAGGUUGCAGGAGGUGGAAGAGAGCAAGGACCUUGGCUUUACGGCCAGGCUUAAGAAGACAAGCGUGGAACCAUCUCCUGCCGAAGGGCUGGCUAAUGUUCCACUUGACCAAGUUGAAGAUAUGGACUGGACAGAGGCUUUGGUUCCACAGUUUGAUGCCAAAGAUGCUCUUAGUUGUGAUGAUAUUCCAUGGUUGUCUGGAAAAGACUCUAUAAGUGCAGUCACUCCUCCCAGCUCCAAAGUAAAGAAGCCAGUGUCUGCUAGUGGAAUACUGGCUCUCACACAGUCACCACUGUUAUUCAAAGGCAAAACAUCGUCGGCAACAAAAAGAACUGCUGAAAUGGAAGAUGAAUCCCGCAAGAAUGUUCUUUUCGAAGUGGACCAAUCCCCUUUGAGUCACACACGUCGCCGAAGAGCCUACAGCAGGAAAAGAUUGCUUGACUAACUUUUUGGUUCUUUAACCUAAGCUGUUAGAUGUGUGAUGUAAUGGCAUACAAUGGCCUCUGUAUUUCAUGUAGUUGAUGCUUUGAGUAUUUUCUCAAAAGGAAAUCUUAUUUAUGUGCAUUUUACUUGUUUUAUUCUUAAAGACCUCAUCAAGUCUGUCUUUUUAUAGAUCAAGGUUGAAUGACUCUUAAUUUAUUUUUUUUCUGUUUUAAUAUGGACUUUAAAUGUUUAUAUGUUCUUUUAAAUGAAAAGGUUUUGUACAUAUGUUAUAUAAUGUGUAAAUUUAACAGAAUAUUUUAAUAAAGACAUCUUUAA